UUUUGUUAAAAAUAUUGAAUAUUAUAUACAAAUGAAUUCUUUUUAUUCCCGUAAAUACAUACUGUUCCUUUUAUUCUUAUUAAAUCCAUGGACAGGUGAGAUAAAAAUAGGUUGGAUAUUUAGCUUAUCGCUUUACCUGAUUGCAAUUUUUUCGCCAUCGGAAAUCGGUAAAAAUGAUCAACGGCAUUCCCAAACGAUUUCCAACAUUAAAAAACUCAUAUACCAUAUUAUCUUCGUUUUUAGUUUCGUUAUAAAUUCGCGAUAUAGCCGGGAAGAUAUUGGGAAUAUCGCUAAUAAAUCGAAUAUUAGAAAUCAAUUUUAUGGAUUCAUUUCAUCAUACUCUAACCUGGGGUUAACUCUAGUGACCGCCAACCCUGAUGCUAAAAGGCUAUACGAUGAUUUGCUAAGUAAUUACAAUAGAUUGAUCAGACCAGUAGGGAAUAACAGCGAUAAAUUGACGAUUAGAUUGGGACUCAGACUCACCCAAAUUCUAGAUGUGCACGAAAAAGACCAAAUAAUGACAACUAAUAUGUGGGUCAGACAGGAAUGGUUUGACUACAAAUUAGUCUGGGACCCCAAAGAAUACGGAGGCGUUGAAAAGCUUCAUAUACCAUCGGAGAAAAUAUGGUUACCAGACAUAGUUUUAUAUAACAAUGCGGAUGGCAAUUACGAAAUAACGCUAAUGACGAAAGCAACCUUGCAUUUCAGUGGCAGAGUAUUAUGGGAACCACCAGCCAUAUACAAAAGUUAUUGUCCGAUCGAUGUGGAAUAUUUCCCCUUUGAUCAACAACUUUGUAGCAUGAAAUUUGGGUCCUGGACUUAUGAUGGCUAUCAAGUGGAUAUAGCUCAUAUCGAUAUGAUGGCUAUAGCGUCAUCGCCAUCCGAAAAAACUACUUUCCUUGCAUCGGGUGAUCCAAACUCCACGUCCCUUGUGAAAUUUAGUAACGUUUCCACAAAAGUUCCGGUUAAAGAUAAAGAUUAUUACGAGUACGGAAUAGAUCUUUCAGAAUAUUAUCCCAGCGUUGAAUGGGACCUAUUGGCUGUUCCAGCGCGUAAAACAAAUAAAUAUUAUCCAUGUUGCGCGGAACCUUACCCUGAUAUAACGUUUAAUAUCACCAUUCGACGGAAAACUUUGUUUUAUACCGUUAAUCUCAUUAUUCCAUGUGUAGGAAUAUCCUUCCUAGCUGUUCUUGUCUUCUAUUUACCCUCGGACACAGGCGAAAAAAUAACGCUCUGUAUAUCUAUACUUCUAUCCCUGACUGUUUUUUUCUUGCUUCUAGCAGAAAUCAUACCUCCUACUAGCCUCGUAGUUCCCUUGAUUGGCAAAUACUUAUUGUUUACUAUGAUCCUAGUCACCCUUUCUAUAUUUGUGACCGUUAUAGUACUCAACGUUCACUUUCGAACUCCCGCUACCCACAAAAAAAUGUCUCCAUGGGUUAGAACGAUAUUUUUGAAGAUUCUACCAAAGCUUUUGAUGAUGAGAAGACCUCCCAGGGACCAAAACACCAGCAAUGGAUCCAAUAAGUCUAAUAAAUCUCCCGUCAAUUCUUCCGGCUCUGGUUCUGGUUCGAGGAUGGGUUACGGUUUCGGUCCCAAACGCAAAAUUCAUAAUUUGGGACCAAACACUAGACGUUAUAUAGAUGAUGAUACGAGUUACAUGAGAACGACUGAUGAACACGGUGAAAGUAUAGGAGGAGAUCCGAAUGAGUUUUAUAAAUAUGGUUAUGGUGGCUUUAGAAACAGACCCCAAUUGUCAAAAGAUGAAAGCCUGGGCCCAAAAAUUUCCUCCUUCGAUGAAAGCUUUGAUUUCGACAAAUAUCCCAAUUCUGAAGUCGAAUUAGCUAUAGAAGGAAUACACUUUAUAGCCGAGCAUUUAAGGCAUGAAGAUGAAUGCCAACAGAUCAAAGAAGACUGGAAAUAUAUAGCAAUGGUCCUCGAUCGACUUUUUCUAUGGAUUUUUACCAUAUCUUGCGUUUUGGGCACUUGUGGUAUUAUCUUACAAGCUCCCACACUUUAUGACAACCGAAAACCCAUUGAUAUUAGCACCGUGCCUAGUUGGAAGAAUUUGGGAUAAUUUAGAAACAUCAUGUAAACGUUCAUCAUUUUUACUUUAUUCGAUAAAUUUAGGGAUUCGGAAAAUGAUGAAAUAAAAUCUGUCUAAAUAAACUGAAUAAGCAUAAGUUUUCUAACCUAGCGAAAUAUGUGGAAUCAUAACUUGUGCGCAAGCUAGAAGUGAAGAACAAGAUUUUUUUAAAAAUAUAUUACGAUUACAUGAAUAUUUUCUGUUUAUUUUAUACUAUGUAUUAUUUAUAUUAUUUAAUUAUAUUGUGCAAAAUAUUUUUAUGGACCAGCCUUGAUGUUCACAAAAAAUUUUAAAACUUAGAAAUAGGCAAACCUUCACAUGAAAAAAUUAAUAAGGCCCGGACUUGACAAUUUGGGAAAAAUUUUUUGCAGGCCGAACUUGGCUUACUGGUCGGGCCAGAUCUUAAAACCUUUUUGAAAAUUUUCAUGGCUUGAAUAAAUUUUAGCAAGAUAAGAAAUUUAAAAAUAUUUUUAUUUUUUUCGACUACAUAUAGGACUGUAAAUAAGAACGUUUUCCUGAGAAACAGUUGGAUGAGGAGGAUGGCAUUUU